AUGAAGGGUGUUAUUUACGUGAUCUUAAAGGCUAAAACGUCUGGUGACAUCCCUGCAAAUUGUUGCUUUCACUCGUGUUGUUGCUGCUGCUGUUUUAAGUAAUUUACGCUCAUCGCACCCCUUAUAAACAGAGGGUUUUUAGAAAUAUUAUAUUAUACUAUAAUGAUUAAGGCUUGUUAGGCUAAACUUUGAGGAUCUAGGCGCUCAUUUAAGCAGACCCACUUAAUCCUUGAGCGUAUGAAGAGUGUUUCCUAGUCUCGUACCCAGAUCUCACUCUGUCUUACGCUUUUUGGCCGCGGGAGAUCUGAGUACAAGAUUAGGUGUUUCCUAUACGAUCUGAAAAGCCAAAAAUUCUCACUAGUAAUUUCCCUGCUAAGUGUUGCCGUUUUCACUCUAGCUGUUUCUGCUACUGUUUACUAUUUGUUGUAGUCUAUACAUACCCCACCACACCUCUCACGAAGAGCUAGAAGGUGUUAAGUUUAUUUCCUCCCUGCAUACAAUGCAGCCUCGUUGCCAGGGCUUUUCCUCUUAGAAAAUGAGAGGUCUCCCCCCGCCCCCUCUACCGUCCUUCCUAUCUUCUUAGGGAAACAGCUCAGGACAUGAGGUUGCAUACAAUAGAACUCCUGAAUCACCCCGAACGAUUGGGUCAUGGGUAAACAUGUAGGGGCCAGUUAUUUAAACGGAGUUUAGCCAAUGUUCAACGAAACCGCGUUCUAAGCCAUUUUCAGUUUGACGAACGCUUUUCUGUAAACAACAUUUAUUGUGAACAAUUUCAUGAAGCAUAUGGCGUAGACUAGAAAAGCAUUUGUUCUCUUAAAAUAACCUACUGAAGAGGAGAUUCUGGAGGUCCAAAGAUUUCCUAUAUCGCGGUCUUACUUAGAUUUCGUUUAAAUAACCGAACCGUAGAGUCUCAUAAUUUCUAGGCUUAUCAUUCUGUGGGAUAUCACUUGUAUAAAGUAAAUCAAUUACAUAUACCUAAUUCAAUUAAGGUUGCUUUGGCAAUAGGGCAUUGGGCGUUUGCGCAUACAGAACAAUACGAUGAUUUGCUUGAGUGACCACAAAACAAUACAUUCCCAGUGCCCAAUUACCAAUACCCAAAGCAAUCUUUAUUGAAUCAGCUAGACGGUCACCAAUGGGCCAAAAAAAUUGGCCGUGUUAAUGGGUGACCGUAUUAAAGAGGGUUUUUUACAGGAAAAGGUUUGACGGGCGGCCAAAAAAGAGUGGUGGUAAUAACGAGAUGACCGUGUUACCGAGGUGGCCGUAAGGGAGUUUCCCACUGUAUAUCUGUCCAGUUUAGGUGACAGAUCUUUUUGUUUCGUCGCUUAUAACGUUUUUAUGGAAAUUAAAGCACAAACAUCGCAGCUCUGGUGGAUUUAUGGGCAAAGGUUUAUUAGCAUUGCAAAUUUUCAAUUUUUCCUUUAUGGGGCGUUCUGCACCUAUUUGAAAGAUUGUUUGAGAUUGGCUGGGAAAACAAUGGAGAUGGUGACAUAACAAUGCCCCUAUCCCUUAAAACAAUGGAUAGUGCAGAUUAAAGAGGACUAAUGAAAUAAGACGUUUAGAACGGUGCAGGUCAACCGCCUUUUACAACAGCGAUAUUUCUAGUUGUAAACAUUGUCUUUGUGAUUCAAAUGUACCAACCACUGAAACAAAAAUACCCAUUGUUUCAAAGAGCAAAUGAAGCCCUGGUUGACUAAUAAUUAUCGAUAGGUGACGUAACGCAAUAUAUCGCUCUAACCUUGAUUAUCACACGAACCUCUAAUGCGAAUAGCUAGGUUGAAAGCGCUUCCAGGCUUCCUGACGAUAACAACUUUACCGGUAAGCAAAUGUCAAAAAUUUCUUUGCAAAGCUUAGAACGAAGCCACAUUUUUAGCCGCCUACCUGCCAAACCAAGUAACGACCCCCCAUAACCAAAGAAAACGUUAGUCAUGCGGCUCGUAAAUGUGCCCUUUUGCGAUAAUGCAAAUAAUGCUUUGCCGUCGUUGCCCGACUACAACGUGAAAAUGCCUGAAUUCACGUUUUGUCGAGUACGGGAACACAAGACAACAACUUUCUUUUCUUGUCCUGAACUUUGAUAUAAUCUUUCAGAAUUCAACUGCAAAAACAUUUGCCAACAUUUGACGAAGUAAACGAGAUGGAAUGAGCGCGAUAAAGUUUGAAGCGGUGCGAAUUCACUUUUUAAGUGACGUUUUUGUAGCCGUCGCCGUCUUUGUUGCUUAAGCUCCCUAAUGUUGGCUUAGGGGAGGGGUAGGUGGGUAGUUUCAGGUAGAAGUAGUUGCCUGAGCUAACAACCACCUCGCUUCUAGGGCUUUUCCCCGACCUCGUUCCCAGGGUUCUCUCCUUCCCGUCCUUACGGAGCGAGAGUAGGAGAGAGAACCUGGGAACGAGUCGAGACUUUCCUUUCGGAAAUUGGAAGGGGCCUGGUGAUGAAGUAUCGGGAUUUGAAGAGUCAUAAAAAUGAUAUCCAUGGGCAUAUAGUUCAACAUUUGUUGACCAACAAGUGUGACAGCAUUCGUUGUUCAAGAGAUAACAACGUUAAGUAAAAUCCAACUAGUGGUCUAUUAUCAAUGCUGCGUUCUGAUUGGUUGAGCUACUACUAGGCUAUAUGUUAUAGCCCACUAGUAGCGAAAAGUGCCGGGCUUUGAAAACCUAAACAAUGGCGGAUAAAUCGCGUUUUGCAAGCUAAAGUUGUUUUGUCUCGAUAUUUUUGACCAACUAGUUGGAUUUUACUUAAACAAUUAUUCCUCUCGCCCUCAUGGCCUCCGAGUCAAUAGGUUUGGGAGCCUUUUUACUGGUUGAAGUAUAUAAAGGGGUAGGGAAAUUUGUCAUUUGGGUCUGUGUUAGGGCUCAAAGGGCCGAACGGAUGAAUUUUAUGGCUUUAUAAAGUCGGGAAAAUGUUCUUUUUUUAUUGAUUCCUAUUUAAAUGACAAUGCAUUUACAGCAAUUCAAAGAAAUGUAAAGUUCUAAACACGAUAUGUGAAAGGAUUACCAUUUGUCAAUAGAAGGCAUACGAAAGGCGUACCUUUUUCGUGAAAAAUGGUGUAUAUAAAAGGGUAAGGGGUUGGACCUCCAGGCGGAGCCUCCCUGUAUGAAAAUUUGUUGAGUACCCGCUUCUCCCCGUCCCCCGGGCGGGGAAGCAGUUCCUUCUUUGCCCUAAACGGGUAUGUGGCGAUGAACAGUCUGAAUUAUAGUUAAAGCUGUAUUAUUUUUACGGCUUUAGGUUUUCUUUAUUAUGCCAGGUCGUUAAUUGCAAGGCACAAACUAUAUAACAUGUCCUGUAUCUGAAGGUAAUAUCAAAAACAUCUCAGAUGUUUUGGACAUCUGUGUAAAUGUUUAUUCGGUGGGUAGAGGGAGGAAACAGUUUCAAUUCAAUCUGGCAUAAUUAAGGAGCUAAAAUACCUCCAGCCGGGCAUAAUUUUUCCAACAAUAUCUUGGUUUCAAUAUGGCAUAAUACUUGAUUUCACGAGCAGAUUCCACCAGCUUGUAUUCAUUAUCAUUAUUAUCAAUAAUAAUUAACGCAUCAUAAAAAUUACGCGAAUUAAAUUCAAGUCGCGUUAAUUCUUGUAAACGCUCAUUUCCUCUUCGUUAAUUAAGUGGAGCGUUGAUUUCUGCGAUCUGAAUUUCCAUUGUUUUGGAAAGAAACUCUCGAUAGACUUUGUUGUCACCAACGAAAGAGAAGUAUCAUUAGAGUUGUGAAGAACCUUCGCAGUGGCCAGAUUUCUUGACUUUUCGCUUGACCCCCGUUGGGGAAAGAAAGUAGUUAAAAUAAGUUUCUAUUGUGCGUUUAACAAUGUUCCUGUUGUCCCAACAAGUUUUGUUUCUUUGUGAGCGUCGCGUUGAUUUCCUUCAUUUUGAAAUGUUACCCUCUCAUAUCAGUUUCGCGUUAAUUUUCUUAAUGCGUUCUGUACCAGUUAUAUUAGUCGGCGUGGACAGGAAAAGAGAACGAAGACAAUUAAAGUUGACUGAGGUUUGCGAACCUGUUGUGCUUCGCGUGAUCGUGUGAGGCAGUUUUUAUUGCGUGACUAUUGCUCAUUAUGGGAUGUUUAAGCAGUACUGUUUUUGUUUACAAUUGACAGAAACAUUCCUCUCUUGUUUUUGAAGAGAGGAAUUGAGCGUAAACAAAAAAAAAUCAGAAUGGGUGAACAACCAUUUAGCGUUGAAAAGGUGCACGAUGGCGUGUUCAUGUUACGUGAGGUGUUCUACGAGUCGCUCAACCAAGCCAAUAUAUGGCUCGUGCAAGGAUCGUCUUCUGAUUUAGUUAUCGACACUGGUAUCGGUUUGUGGGACUUGCCGGGCUUUCUGCGACAACAGGGUCUGAUUGGCGAGAAACCAGUCCAAGCAGUUGCCACCCACAUGCACUACGAUCAUUCGGGAGGACUACAUCAGUUUGAAAAGUUCUCCAUUCACAGCCUCGAGGCGGACGCGAUACGCAAAGGUAACCAAUACGACAUAGCAAGAGUAUUCUUGAAGGGAGAUGUCAUUGCUGUACCCCCGAGCGAAGGAUGGAAAAUUUCCGACUACCGAGUUAAGGCCGCCGAGCCGUCGACAGUCUUGGAAGAGGGACACGUCUUUGAUCUUGGUGAUCGAAGCUUGCGUGUUUUACACUUCCCCGGUCAUACUCCAGGGAGCAUUGGUUUGAUCGAUGAGAGGGCGAGGAUCCUUUUCAGUGGUGACACAGUAUACUAUCCAGGGCCCUUGAUUGAUUGGUUACCUCAGAGUAACGUGAACGCGUACAUUGAGACCUUCAAAAGACUGCAAGACCUUUCCAACCAUGUGGAUAUCGUCUUUACGGGACAUGGUGAUCCUUUUGACGGCAGAAGGUUACAUCAGUUAGCAUCAGAUUACGUCUCCAGGGCUGGGGCAUGCCAUAAGAUUUUCACAACUUUUAUGAAGGGCGUUUCCUAUAUGAUCUUAAAAGCCAAAAAUUCAGGUAAUAUUCCUGCUAAGUGCUUUUUUCACUCUUGUUGCUGCUGCUGCUGUUUGGUGUAAUCCACCCCCAACACAUAUCAUAAGCUUUUGAAUUCAAGAGAUGAAGAAUCUAACCAUUUAUCAUUUUCAAAAUGCCUGAAUUGAAGACUUCUCGUUUAAAAACAGGUUUUUUAGCUUGGGGGUACCAUUUUUCGAUGAAAGGUAUACGAAAGGGGUGUUUUUACAAUCAGAAAUUGUCAAAUGCUCUUUUACCUUCAAAGGCAAGUUUGUCCUUAUUGUAAGAUCUAAGGGCCCUUGCUUAUUGCUUAUAUUAAUUCCCUAUAUAGUGGGAAGGAUGUCGAAUAGGGUUUAUCGAGAUAAGGGAUAAUAAUUACGGGAACUCGAUCUUAGGGAUACAGGACCUUGAGGUUUGUAUAUCUCAACCCGUGUAAAGUUCAAGUCUUCAUCAUAGCCGUUUGCUUGUUCCUCGAUAGAAGGAUCUAUAUUCUAAAGCUAUUCAUCAUCAAAUAGUGGUUAUCAUUUGUUGCGUUUUAUAUUGCUUCUUUUGCUGUUUUUGGGUAGUAGUUGAACUAUUUCUUCCUUGUAUAAUGUGUCACUUCAAUGCUCCAGCUCCAACAAAAACAGUUGAACUAUCGCGCCUUCUGAUGUCCGUUUUUCUGUCGAUAUCAGUACAAUUGACGUCAGCUGAUCUCAUAUCAGCAGGCAUCGUACAUCGUCCAAAUUUGGUCACCGCUUGCUGGUUCUGAAGAAUUUUCAGGGGGAUUUAAGCCAAUCAGAAACUAAGAAAUAUUUUGAAUAAAUAACAAUGUAUGUAAUCCCACUGUCUCUUGCGGUGUUCUAUUCAGUGAAGUGAGGAUAGGCUAAAUAACACCACAGGCCCCUUUAAAACCUCUUAUUAUGGUUUUAUAGGGAUGCGGAAAGAGAAAAAUUAACGGGAAGAGGGCUGGGUUGGGAGGGGAGGAUAGUUACUCCCUAAAUGGCCUAUACGGGCUGGGGGGGUGGAGGGGGGGUGGUUCUGGUAUAUGCUUUCCCAGGAUAUUUUUGGGAUUUUAACUUUCAAAAGUCCCCUUUUCUGGGUUUCUGAGUCAUUCAGACAGGAUAUUGUUGGUAAGCUUCAAUGGUUAUCAUUAUUGUCCAAACCAGUAGCUGAUAUAAGGAGAGCUGGCUCCGCUCGCUCUAGAGCUCUUGCAAAAUACUCUCUCAAUUCAUUCGCUCCUGUAUAUUACCACACCAUUUACCUGAUUUCAACUUGGAAAGUCUUUUUAUUAAAAGUAUAUUUAUUUAUGAAACAUCUGACCGAUUUCCGUAAAACGGUGGAAACCGGUGUGGAUCCGCGCCUGUUUUGGUACAUAGGAAUUUCACUUUUUGAAACCUGAUAUAUAUGGGUAGGGAAAUCGGUCAUUUUGGUUGGUAAAAAGGCCAAAAGGGGCUAAAAGAUGCAUUUUAUAGCUGUGAGAGAGUGGCGGAAAAGUUCUGGUUUUGUCAUUUCUUGCCCCCGCAGGGAUUUCGUCCAGAAGGCGAAAUCCCGAGGAGGCACUCUAGUUACUCGCGCGUAUAUUAAGGAAAGUACUUACAGUUGAAAUAUACAGUCAUACAGUCAGUAUAGAAAAAAUCUCGAUUUGCUUGAACAGGCCGGGGCCGUGAGGAAUCGGUAGGUAAUGAUGACGUUUUUAUUGUUUACGCCCGCAAGUACGAAAUGGUUAGGAUGACGUAAAGACAGAACAUCCCCAAGGGACCUCUUAGGUAGAUUUUGUGACAUAUAUUGUGCAGUCAUACUUCGACACUCUUUUGCGUCACGUAUUAUCAGUGUCAUUCUGUGGAGCAGUUGUUUCAGUAAAAGUUAUGGACCAAAAUUUUAACUACACUCGUUAAGCGCAGAAGAAGUUAUAAGGUGCGUAUAACUGUGUAUAUAUAAACACAUGGAGAGUUUGCCAGACACGAGUUCACAAAUCUUUCAUUCCAACCUUGCCAGACACUCUUUCUCUCUCUUUGACCGGGACAAGACUUAGCCCCAAACAAGCAAGACGAGUGAACAACGGCUAGCUUCUCACUAGCAGAACGAUGGACGAUUACAGUUGAAUUCGCCGGCAAUCAAAUUAUGAGCUGACUUAUUCCCUGCUCACAGAUGUCCUUCCGUUAUAAAGUUUAAAAUAAGACUAGAAUACGCCAGUGUGAAUUUUUAAUUUCUAAGGCUUCCUUUCCAGCAAAUAAAAUGAACUGAAUGUAAAAAGUGAAAGGGAAAUAGCGAAAAAUUCAACUUCUAAUUAACUCUUUUCUUAUGGUUUAGAAUAAACUAUUCUCGAAACUGAGAAUGUUUUGAUCAAAGCUGUGUAAAUCGACCUGAAACUGUGCAUGGAACGUUGCGUUUCCUGUAUUUAUAUCACCUAUUGUAUGGAAUAUGUGUGGAAAAUCUUCCUUAUGAAUCGGUAUAUUUCAAAAAGCUACACAACGAGCAAGAAUCGGCUAUUGACCCACAAUAUACAGAGCGGGGGCAGCUGUAGUGUCAACUAUUACUAGUUGCAAUAGACAGUGCAUUUAAAGCUGUUAAAAGAGAUACAAGUUCAAAACAAAGUGUGAAAGGGGUACCAGUUGUCAAUAAAAGAAGGUAUACGAAGGGGUUGGACCUCGAGACGGAACCUCUCGUUAAAAAACUUUUUUAACUGGGAAUUGAUCUUUAAAGACUCAUACAUUGGGAGCAGGUCAUUGUUGAGUUAAUCUUAACCUUCCACAGGAAUGAAAUAUGAAAUGAUAGUAUAGUGCCAUAACGUUAUGCUUCUAUGCACGCUUCUGUCACCUAGCGAUUAUACUUAUUUCAAGUACUGCACUUAUUACUCUAGCCUUGAGUUCAAAUUUGUUCCACGAGCUUUAUUAAUGAAAGCAAAAUUCGCUUGUUUUUCCAUGAAAAUUCAGCAUAGGAGAAAUGUUCUUCCCUCCCCUCGACUGUGCACAUCAGAAUAAUAUCAUUAUUGUAAAGUAGAGAUGUUGAUAUUUCCACCAGUAUCACUAAUGAUGAAAUGAUGAAAUUAGUCAUGGUGGAGAGCUAAUCAUGAGCUUACGCAACAGGACGGCAAAAAGAGGAGGAGGGCAAAACGCUUGCGUGUGACAAACUUGACACCGCUAUUAUUUGCAUGUUUCGUCGUGAUCUUUACCUAAAAUCACCGUUUUCUGGCCUUUAACAAAAAGAUCUGUUUAAAGGAGGGUGAAGUUUAGCGGAAAGUUUUUUCAAACAAAAUUACUGUCACGCUUGUCACACAAGGUUUGCCGUCUUCUUUCCUCUGCCGUCCUUUUGCGUAAGAUCACUAAUAAUACACCAAAAUCGGCUGUUGCACACCUCCCAUUGAUAAAACCUCCAGGUGUUGUCAUUGAAAUAAAAGUGAAUGAGCCGAAUAGCUAGGCCCCAUCUCUUUGUUUCCGGUUAACAACGUUGAACGUGAUGUAUGUUCAACAAGGCAUCACACACUGUUAAACAAGACUGAGAUGCAAAAUUUCUUGCUUUGUCGAUCAACAGAUGUUGAACAGUGUGUCAUGGCCUAAAGCUUGUAUUCCGUAUUUCCGGGUGUGUUUUUUCUUUCUUUGCUGUUUGUCUUUGUACUUUUUAUCUUGUUGUCUAACUUCUCGUGGACUGGAAAACUUCGCGUGAUCGCGUGAUUGGGUGAUCGCGUGAUCCGGUUUUUAUUGUGUGACUGUUAUGCAUUAUGGGAUCGAUUAAGUAGUAGUUUGUUUACAAUCAGAGCACCAGAACAUUCUAGUUUUACAGUUGCUUUUAAAAACGAGAAUGAGUCAAGAACAACUGCAAAUAGAUGAAAAACCAUUCAGCGUUGAAAAGGUACAUGACGGCGUGUUUAUGUUACGUGAAGUGUUCUACGAGUCGCAUUAUAACCAACCCAACAUAUGGCUCGUACAAGGUUCGUUUUCGGAUUUGGUUAUCGACACUGGUCUCGGUUUGUGGGACUUGCCAGGCUUUCUGCGACAACAGGGUCUGAUUGGUGAGAAACCAGUCCAAGCAGUUGCCACUCACAUGCACUACGAUCACUCGGGAGGACUACACCAGUUUGAGAAGUUCGCCAUUCACAGCCUCGAGGCGGACGCGAUACGCAACGGUAACCAAUACGACAUAGCCAGGGUUUUCCUAAGGAGUGAUUCACUUGCUGUACCCCCGAGCGAAGGAUGGAAAUUUUCCGACUACCGAGUUAAAGCCGCCGAGCCGUCGACAGUCUUGGAGGAAGGACACGUUUUCGAUCUUGGCAAUCGAAGCUUGCGCGUUUUACACUUCCCCGGCCAUACUCCAGGGAGCAUUGGUUUGAUCGACGAGAAAGCGAGGAUCCUUUUCAGUGGAGAUACAGUGUACAAUCGAGGACCCCUGCUUGAUUUUUUACCCCAGAGUGAUGUGAACGCGUACGUUCGGACCUUCAGAAGAGUGCAAGACCUUUCCAAUCAUGUGGAUGUUGUCUUUCCGGGACAUGGUGAUCCUUUUGACAGCAAAAGGCUACAUGAGUUGGCAUCAGAUUACAUCUCCAAGGCCGGACCAUGUCACAAAAUUUUUACAACUCUUAUGAAGGGUUUAAUGUACAUGAUCUUAAAGGCUAAAACGUCUAGAAAUAUCCCUGCGAAUUGUUGCUUUCACGCGUGUUGUUGCUGCUGCUGUUUUAUGUAA